AGCGCGCGGGAGGAUUCCCCGCUCACAACUCCCCCUCCCGGAAGUAAAACGUCAUCACCGGAAGAAGGUCACAGGCAUCACGUUCAAGAUGGCGAGCCCCUUGUGUCAGUGUUACCAAAUCUGUGUAAGAAGAUGCUCGCUAGCGUUCCCUUCGUCUUACCUGCUGCGUCACAACAUACCCAACGUCUACAGGAUACGUGGGGUCCUCACGUGUUCUUCACAGCGGCCUCAGUCACGUCUCCUGCAGGUACGGUAUUUGUCCGGGGAGAGAGGCAGCAGAAAGGGUUUCCUUGGGGAACUUCUGGACAACAUUAAGCAGGAGCUGAAUAAGAACAAGGAAAUGAAAGACAGCAUCAAGAAGUUCCGAGAAGAGGCCCAAAAACUGGAAGAGUCUGACGCAUUGAAACAAGCUCGAAGAAAAUACAAAACGAUAGAAACUGAAACAGUGAAGACCUCCGACGUUCUCAAGAAGAAGUUUGGAAACUUCUCUGAGACCGUUAAAGAGGGGCUGGAGGAGGUCAGCCGUACAGAAAUAGGUAAGAAAAUCAAAGAUGGGAUGGAAGAAGCAGCCAAAACCGCUAAGACCUCAGCAGAGUCCGUCUCUAAAAGUGGGGAGAAGUUGGGGAAGAGUGGCGCGUUCAGAGCGAUAUCACAGGGCAUGGAGAGUGUGAAGCAGGAGAUCGGUGACCUGGGUCACACCGGCCCUUAUCGGCCGCCUGCCAGGCUCCGGAAGAGGAGUGAGUUCUCCUCCAAGGGGGCGGGGGAUGACAGCAAGGUCUUCGAGGCCAACGAGGAAGCAAUGGGCAUGGUGCUCCACAGAGACUCGAAAUGGUACCAGCAGUGGAAGGACUUCAAAGACAACAACUUGGUCUUCAACCGAUUCUUUGAGAUGAAGAUGAAGUACGAUGAGAGCGACAACACGCUCAUCAGAGCGUCCCGCGCUGUCACCGACAGGAUGACGGACCUCCUCGGGGGGAUGUUUUCUAAGACGGAGAUGUCUGAGGUGCUAACGGAGAUUUUGAAGGCGGACCCAUCGUUUGACAAGGAUUCCUUCCUCAAACAGUGCGAACGAGAUAUCAUCCCCAAUAUCCUGGAGGCGAUGAUCCGAGGGGAGCUGGAAGUAUUGAAGGACUGGUGUUAUGAAGCGACGUACAGCCAGCUGGCUCACCCAAUACAGCAAGCCAAGGCCAUGGGACUUCAUUUCCACUCCAAGAUCCUGGACAUUGACAAUGUCGAUUUGGCCAUGGGGAAGAUGAUGGACCAGGGUCCCGUGCUGAUUAUCACCUUCCAGGCUCAGUUAGUCAUGGUGAUCCGAAACACCAAAGGAGAGGUGGUGGAAGGAGACCCUGAGAAAGUGCUGAGGAUGAUGUACGUGUGGGCUCUGUGUCGAGACCAGGAGGAGCUCAACCCGUAUGCUGCCUGGAGGCUACUUGACAUCUCCGCCUCUAGCACGGAGCAGAUCCUUUAACUCGUGAAUAUGCACAGAUCUCUCGGAGAGAGAACACGCUGUAGCUCAGCAGGCCCUGGAGGGGUGUGGGGGGGGGGGGAUCAUGGAGAUGAGGGAUCCUGCUCACACUAGGGGGCAGUAGAUUACCAACAGCUCUCAUUCACCACAUGUUCUUCAAUGAGUGUGUGGUUGUCCACUUAUCGAAUCGGUGUGGUGCAAGUGUUGGUAUUUAAUGGAUACAUUAAGUUAAUUUAACAAAAAAUUCCCUCCCAUGAAAAUGAGAAAAUACAUUGUGAAAAUUCAGCAAGCUGAUUUGUAAGUGAGCGCUUGAAUUUCACAGAAUUUCCCAAAUCUUCUCUCUCUCAGCGCCUUCUUAGAUCCUUUGUAUAAUAAUGGUCCACUGUAAUUGUUAAGAUGUGAGUCUAUAUUUAUUAUGAAGAAAUAAAGAUGAUCCCUGUUUUUCACGCUAGCCGACUUGUUCAAACCUUCAGCCUUGCAAAUGGUUCAUCUCUGUGUGUCCUUAUCUGGAGGAUAUCACAUGAUUUUUUUCUAGGACAGUGGCUAAUUAUUAUUUUUUAAUUAAAUCCUCACGUGGGAUUUCAGUGUUAGCUACAUUUCCUUUGGGAAACAUGCUGUCUGAGGGUGUCAUUUUACAGUUGUAUUUCCAGAGCACAGAUAAAGCACUCAUUUAAUGAGUGGAGACAUCAACACCAUCACACAGUUGUGUUGGAGAUGAAGCACUUAGACAAUCUGUGUUGCGAUUGGUCAUAAGUCACUGCUCCAUGCUGUCGUCCCACAAACCAGAGUUCCCUUACAAAGGCUGAAGAGCCCCCGUUUCCAGAAACUCACCAAUAACACGGGGAUAGAAGUCGUCUCUGCAAACUGUCUCCUUUGCUGGACGACUAACCCGACAUUUUUUAAUUUGUUUCAGACAAUAUUUCAUACAAGACCACAGAAUGUAGAUCGCAAGAUAAAUAUCAAUAACACAUUUUCGUAGCAUAUUUUUUAUUUCUCAUUCUCCACCAUUGGAAGAGUUCAACCCCUCAAUUAAAAUGUCUGAACCUUUUUCCUUCA